AUUCCACAAAUUUUCGGGUAUUACACUCUCUCUCAACGAUCUUCUCCAUUUCAACUCCGACAAACCCACAAAAAAAAAUGGGAUCUUUCACAGCAAGAACACACCUUUCUACAUCUCCUCCAUCCUUCUUCACAAACCCACCAAAAAUAAAUUUCAUGGACGCAGGCCCCUCACACAUCCACCUCAAUCCACGAACACCCGCCUCCAAAAAUCCCCCAAUUUCAAGAUUUCCCUUAAACCCCACGUCGAAAAAUCCAAUCUUUCCGCUCUCCUGCGUCGCAAUUGAGCAUUACAACAAGGUACAACCCUCCUCAAGCGUGUCGGAAAAACUGCAGAGAUUAGGCUUCGAAUUCCGAUCUCUACCGGCGCCGAUUGACAGAGUAAGAAGACUGCUGAAAUACGCCGAGAUUCUGCCCCCAUUCGAUGAAUCUUGGAGGGUUCAAGAGAAUCGGGUGCAGGGCUGCGCGACCCAGGUUUGGCUGGAGGCGGCCAUGGACGGGAAUGGGGCGACGAGGUUUCGAAUCGACAGUGAUUCGGAGAUUACGAAAGGGUUCUGUUCUUGCCUGAUUUGGGUGCUCGACGGCGCUGCGGCGGAGGAGGUGUUGAGCGUGAGGGCGGAUGAUUUGGUGGCGAUGAACGUGGGGCUGCCUAGUAAGGGGAAUUCGAGGGUGAAUGCGUGGAAUAAUGUGUUGAUGAGUAUGCAGAGGAGGACUAAGGUUUUGGUUGAGGAGAGGAGGACAGAAUGUGUUCCUUCUUUUAUUUGUUGUAAUCAAACUCAGGGAAGGUGAAGGCCUUGAAUCAUGACAGAUGGUGUUUUCAAAGAUGAAAUGAAUGCAAUAAGAUAAGCAUUUUGAUAGGUGACAUAAGGGAAUUUUGUUGUGCAUAUAUUGGUGAUAUAUAGCUAUAGAUUAUGUCACUGUUAGAUCAUACUACAACAAUGUAUUUAUUGUGUGUUGAAGUAUGUAGGUUUCUUGAUGAAGAGUAAUUUUAGUAUCCCAUAUGCUAAAUUGCCUAAUUUACAAGUUGGAAUAUAGAAACAAGUGGUUAAAGUCAAGAUUUAAAACGUGAACUAGUUUGCUUAAAUUUUGUAGGAAUACGAAGUCAUUUAGAUAGCUGUCCUAGCAAUUUUUCAUUAAAAGUAAAGGCACCGAUGACAUCCACAAAUUGUGUUUAGGUAAGAAAAUGACACUUCAUAUGUUUAGCCUUGAAAUAGUGCAACACCUCGAUUUUCUAAUCCAUAUCUACAUUUAUACGUUUGAAUUACAAUGUUUGGAAAGCAACACUGUCGUAGCGAAUUUUUCUAUUUAAACGUGUAUCUAUUUCCACUUUGAUUGUUUCAACACUUACAUUUAUAUAGGUAUGAAUUUAUAAUUUUUACUA